AAACCACUUUUGAUUCUGCCAACGCUUUAGACCCUUUUCUUCACAACGCAAAACAACCAUCUUUGCUUGCAGAAUUCUGAGAUCGUAACCUCUCAAGUAGAUUCUUCUUCGAAGAUCAGAAAAUGUCUUCCCUUGCAGCUGCCAGAGCAGACAAUUUUUACUAUCCGCCAGAAUGGACACCAAAGCAGGGAUCUCUGAACAAGUUUCAUGGUCAACACGCUUUAAGAGAGAGAGCAAGAAAGAUAGACCAGGGCAUCUUAAUCAUAAGGUUCGAGAUGCCUUUCAAUAUAUGGUGUGGUGGUUGCAAUUCUAUGAUUGCAAAAGGAGUGAGAUUCAACGCGGAGAAAAAGCAAGUUGGAAAUUAUUAUUCUACGAAGAUAUGGAGCUUUACCAUGAAAUCUGCGUGCUGCAAACAUGAGAUUGUCAUUCAAACAGAUCCGAAGAAUUGUGAAUAUGUGAUCAUUAGUGGAGCACAGCGUAAGACAGAAGAUUUUGAUAUUGAGGAUGCAGAAACAUUUGAACUGCCUGCAGAUGAAGAAAGGGGCAAGCUUGCGGAUCCAUUCUACCGUCUUGAGCAUCAAGAAGAGGAUUUGAAAAAGAAAAAAGAAGCUGAGCCAGUACUUGUGCGCCUCCAACGGGUGUCUGAUGCCAGGCAUUCAGAUGACUACGCGCUCAACAAGGCCCUUCGUGCUCGACUAAGACAACAAAAGAAAAGGGUUACCGAAGAAGAGAGAGUCUCUAGGAAGAUGGGCCUUGGGAUACGACUACUUCCAGCAUCUGAAGAAGAUGCGGCUGCAGCAGCACAUGUUAAGUUCUCCUCCAAAUUUGAAAAGAAUAAGAAAGAAAAGCGUGCAGCAAUCAAUGCCGCCCCAAUUUUUUCCAACUCAUUACGUUCAAUGUCCUUAAAGAAGCGACUAGAACUCGAGUCUAAAAGGAGAAAAAUAAAGGCUGGAGCGGCAUCCAACCUGCUGACUGGUGGGUACAAGCCAUCCUCAUGGUCUUUGAGUUGAUUUCUAUGAAGGAACAGAAGGGAAGGUCUGUAAUUACCGUUACAGCAACGAUUGAUGCAAUUUGAAGGUUCCAUAUCAGAUCGUGGAUAAUAUGCUGAAUAAUGCCGAGGGAAUUCAGGAAGAUGCUCUUAGUGUAAGUCCAGACCUUGAUCAGGGAAACACUUCUUUUUGUAUGUUAGCAGGACUGAAUGAUGUAUAAAUUUAAAUGUGUGCAUAUCUAGAAUCUACAAUUCUAUGGCUGUUUUU